AACAUUAAAUGGUGUCAUGUUAAAAGUUUUCUUUCAUAAUAUAUAUAUAAUUUAUUUUAUAACUAUAAAUAAAAAAAUAAACAAUAUAUAACAAAAAUAUACAUAUAUAUAAAUAUAUAUAUAUAUAUAUAUAUAUUUUUUUUUGCUAAAUACAAAAAAAUGAAAGGAGACAAAAGAGUGGAAUUGUCGUUGCGAUAUGGUGCUGCUUUUGUUGCAGCAAUAUUCACGGCAGCUGGAAUGGGUUGUAUCGUCGGUUGGUCAUCACCAGCACUCGAAUAUCUAAAUAGUUCCGAAUCAAAUUUACAAAUAACAAAAAAUGAAAAAUCAUGGAUAACACCAUUACUACCAGUUGGACAAAUAUUUGGCUAUCUAUUACUACCAUUCGUACAUAAAUUAGCGAACGAAAAAUGGACUCUCCUAUUAUCAUCAAUACCACAAUUAUUAUCUUGGUUUCUAAUAAUAAUUGCCAAAAAUUCUUAUUAUAUUUUCUUAGCACGUUUAUUAGGUGGAAUUGGCUAUGCAUGUGGACUGUGUUCAUUAACAAUAUAUUUAACGGAAAUAUCAACAAAAAGUAAACGUGGCAUUUUUCUUGCCUUCAUACAAUUAUUUGUUAGUGUCGGUUUUAUUUUUAUGAUUCUCUUCGAUCUCUAUUUUCACUAUUACUACAUGAACAUAAUUAUUAUUAGUACAUUGAGUUGUUUUGUCUUUGUUUUCUUCUUUAUGCCCGAUUCGUCAUAUUUUAAAAGAAAUGAAGCUGAUUAUGACGAUGAAGAACGAGGUGAAGAAAUGGUGGUACUCAAUGGACCAGAAAAUUGGAAAAUGGAAAAUGAUUAUUUCAAAUAUUCGCUAACGAAUUUGAAGAGAAUUAAAGAUACUGAAGAUAUUGAGAGUGCUGAAGAUAUUGAAAUAAAAAUGAAGCUAUUGGAGAGGGUUGUAUUCGAAGGAAGAGUCGAUUGCGAACUUGAAGCUAUCAAGAGAAAUGAAGAAGAGGAAGGAGAUAAUUUUCUAGGGAAAGAAGAAAUCGGAAAUGUAAAAGAAGAAAUUAAAAAUAGCCAAAAAAGAUCUGAAGAAGAUAACGGUUUAAAAAAAAUUACAAAAACGAAAGAAGCUAUGAAGAAAAUAGAAGAUAUAAAAAUAAGAAAAGAAGAUAAGACAGGAAAAGUCAAAAGAAAAAAUGAAGUUAAAAUUGAAGGUAUAAUAAAAAGAGAUAAAAAAGAUGUAAAGAUAAAAAAAGAAGCUAUAAAGGAAUUUACAAAUGAAGAAAUAGAAAAGGAAGCUACAAAGAAAGCUAAAAAGGAAGCUGUUAAGGAAGCUGUUAAGGAAGCUACAAAGGAAGAAGUAAAGAAGGAAGCUAUAAAGAAAGGUAUAAAGGAAGAAAUAAAAGAAGAUAUCAAAAGGGAAGCUAAAAAGAAAGAAAUAGAAAAAGACGGUAAAAAGGAGGAAAUGAAACAAGAAGCUAAAAAUGAAGAAAUAAAGAAAGAAGCUAAAAGGAAUGAAAUGAAAAAAGAAGAAGUGAAUUGUUUAUUGGUGAAAUUAAAACUGUUGCAAUUACUGUUUGUAAAGUGA